UUAUGGAGGAAAUUAGUGAUGGCACUAUUCAUUGGUUUUGGGUUCCUUUUACAGCAUUCGAGAUGCACAUUCUCAGGGCUGUUUUUCUUAUGGGGAAAUUAUCCAUGCUUUCAUUUGGUUCUUGCUUAUGUGAAGUGAAUCUUCUUACUUGCUUUUUAUGUCCACUGUAUAGAGUUCUGCUGUUUUAGCGAUCAGUCUGCCUCACAUUUUGCGCCCCUCAUAACUUCUGAAAAGUCAUUGAAUUAGCGAAAGGGAAGGAGGGGUUAUCAUGGGUAUCUCAUCCAAGUGGUUUAAAUCGUUGGUCGGCAUAAGGAAGCAAGAAAAAGGGCAGAAUGCAGAAAAGCAAGAAAAGGGACAAAAUGCUGAGAGCAGUGAAAUUAGGAGCUCUUCUGAUCAAUCACUGCACAAACGGAAACAUUCUUUGGAUCCUGAAGGUGCACUUGCAGUGGAAGAAAUUGCAGUACAAAGUGAAGCAUUGACUGAUGACAGCAACACACAAACAAUUUCAAAUUCGAUUUGUUCAGACAGUACAUUACUUGAAGUACGUGUUUCUCAGACUGACAUUGGUAGCAAAGAGGAUUUGGCAGCAACAGUUAUCCAGUCUACGUUUCGAGCAUUCUUGGCUAGACGUGCUUUACGAGCUUUGAAAGGAAUAGUUUUACUUCAAGCCCUUAUCAGGGGUCAUGCUGUAAGAAAGCAGACAUCAGAAACACUUCAGUGUAUGCAAGCACUGGUAAGAGCCCAAGCUCGUAUCCGAGCAAGACAAGUUCACGUUGGUUUAGAAAAUCAAGUGGCACGGAAAAAGAUUCCUGAACAAGAUGAUCAUGAGAACCAUGUCCGAGAAGUUGAGGGAGGCUGGUGUGGUAGUAUCGGUUCCAUGGAGGAAAUGCAAGCUAAAGUAUUGAAAAGACAAGAAGCUGCUGUCAAGCGUGAGAGGGCAAUGGCGUAUGCUUUGACUCAUCAGCGGCAAGCUGGUUCCAAGCAACAUAAAUCUACAAGUCUGCAAGGCCUCGAACUUGAUGACAACCACUGGGGGUCAAACUGGUUAGACAGGUGGAUGGCUGUACGUCCAUGGGAGAACAGGUUACUUGAGAAUAAUGCUAAAGAGAGUAUACCAAUGCAUGAAGAUAAGCAGGAUGAGGAAACAAAGUCUCAGACCACACCAAAGGGGAAAGCGGCAAUUUCAAAUACUCCUUGUGGCCUGAGCAAGAAGAAAGGUGUAAACCACAAAAAGUCAUAUUCCGAUGUAAGUUGUGCUUCAUUUGUGCGACCAAAAAGUGUACUACCGUCCACCUCUUUGGGAUCAUCCAAACAAAAGGCAAAAAUUUCGGAUAAAGUUUUUGAGGAAGUCAGCUCCCAGCCAACAGAUCUAGCUUCUAAGGCUGUGCGCAAUCAGAAAAAUAGGCUUGUGCAAACUAAUACACCAGCCAAGAAGCGGCUAUCCCUACUAAAUAAUGUUGGUGGGGAAGCAGGAAAGGGACCAACCCGCAGAAAUUCAAUGAACCGGCCUGCUAGUGCUCAGUCUGAUCCGAAAGCACGGGCAGACGCUCCUAACCAAGCUGGGAAGCAAGCUGAGUUAAAGGCCUGAUAACACAUUCCUGUUCCAGUCCGACGUGGGUAAGUUGUUCUUGGUGUGUUUCUCCAACUGUGCAUGCUACAUCUGUGUACAUAGCAUUUUCAAACAGCAUCCUGCAUCUAGGUUGGUGCUGUGUUUCAUAUUCCUGUUGUGCAAUGUUGCUGGUGUCUUACUGCUGAAAGAAGGACCUGUUGUGCCUGAGGACUGUAGUCUUGUGCAGUGUGCACCCUUCUUUUCUCUCUGAUUACAAAAAUAUGCGCGCCUUUUUUAUUGUU